AUGGUUUUCACGAAGGUUAUUGAACCUAGGAAUUUCAUAGUGUUUGUUUUCACCGAGGAGAGCUUAUACUUAACAACGGACGGCCCUAGAGGACCAGGGGGUGUGUCUCGUGUCUCAGGAGCUAGGGACGAAGUUGUCUCCCUCUCCUCUAAGCGACGCUGGAUCCCUCCUUCAAGGAUACGCCGCGAUGGUCUCCCACAAGAAAAUCGGAAUGAUCUUAUAUUCAGAAAGGUACAGGGAAUUCUCAAUAAGCUUACUCCAGAGAAAUUCGAAAAAUUAAGUGAUGAUAUUCUUGCCAUAGAUCUAAACUCUGGUCAAAUUCUAAAAGGAGUUAUUUUGCUAAUUUUCAAAAAAGCUUUGGAUGAGCCAAAGUACUCGUCUAUGUACGCUCAGCUAUGUAAGCGGCUCUCAGAAGAAGCUCCAAAUUUAGAACCCCCAAACGAACCCAACACAUUUAUAAAACUUUUAUUAGCUAAUUGUAAAUCGGAGUUUGAAAAUAGAGCUCAGGCUAAUGAACCAUAUGAACAAAAUGAUGGCCCCUUCAGCCCUGACGAUGAAGAUCGUCACCUCAUCGCCAAGAAAAAGAUGCUGGGCAACAUCAAGUUUAUUGGCGAGCUUGCAAAAUUGGAAAUUUUAUCGGAAUUGAUUCUACAUAAAUGCAUACAAACUCUUCUGGUACACACUUCACGGUCGUCAAGAACGUCUAAAGGCAGAGAUGUUAGCGAAGACGUUGAGUGCUUGGCUCAAAUCAUGAGAACUUGCGGUAGAAUUUUGGAUACGGAUAAGGGGCGAGUCUUGAUGAAUCAAUAUUUUGAUCGAAUGAAAACCUUGGCUGAAAACCGAGAAUUUCCAAAGCGUAUACGCUUUAUGUUAAAGGAUGUUAUUGAAUUGAGAAGAGAUGGUUGGGUUCCCAGAAAAGCAUCUAGCAUGGAAGGGCCUAUGCCUAUCAAUCAGAUACAAAGUGACGAAGAAUUGCGGAACUAUGUCUCUGAUCCGAUACCAAGACCGAACCCGAAUGCAGGAUUGGAUGGAUUGUUUCGCAAUCCAUUGAAAACAAGAAGCGGAUUGGAUGACAUGUUGGGAGUUUCAAACUUUAGUCCGAACCCACAAUUUUUGCCUCAUGAUAGUUUUAAUAAAGGUGCAUUCCGGAGCAAUCGCGGUGGUUCUGGCAUUUACUUCAGGCAACACCUCAACAGUAAUAGUAAUAAUAAUACUAGUAGUAAUAUUAUUAAUAAUAAUAAUUAUAAUAAUAAGCAAAACUUCCAGCAACAUUACAAUAAUAACAGUGGUGGUGGUGGUGGUGGUGCCAAGGAAGUUCCUCCCAGAUUUAAAAAAAAUAUGAUGCUGGGAUCUCAGUUGAGUGGACCUGGUGUUAUUGAAGAUAUAUCUCUUCGACCGGCAGCUUUUAAACCACCACAGCCGAAGCCAGCUGUACUUUCUUCAGGUCGAACGAAUUCACUUUUACCUGAACCGAUACUAUCUGCUCCUCAAAUGCAGAUGAGUAAAGAACCUCCGAUUUUAAUAAAGCAAGCCAGUUCAGACAAAGGAAAGUCCGCCAAAAAAGAUAAAGGACCUACUAAAGAAGAGGUUCUCAAAAAGUUAACUACAAUUUUAAGUGAAAAUUUGACGUCAGAUACACUGACCAAAUGCGUUUCAGCAAUCAAAGACCUAAAGGCACCGGAACGUUUUAUACCCAGCAUAUUAAUGCGUAUUCUCAGUCAUAACUUGGAUGGAAACAUGGAUACGGAAAAAAAUUUGUCUGUCGCUUUGGUUGUCGAAUUGAAAAAAGAAGGCAUGGUGUCUAAUGAAAAAUUUUUAGAGGCAUUGAAAGAAUUAACUUCGUCAAUGUCCGAAAAAGAACCUCAAAUUCCUAGAAUUCAUUCCCAUGUCGCCGGCUGCAUUAAAGAAGCAAUAUUGUCAGGAUUGACCACUUUGUCUGCUGUCGGUGAUAUAACUGAUGGAGGAGCUUAUUAUCCGCUAUUCAUGUUAAUUUUACAAUCAUUGUGUAAAAGUGAAGGAAAGCAAAAAACGACUCAAAUUUUCAACGAAAGCAAAAUAAACUUAUUGAAUCAAGUCGCAAAAUCUGAUCGUACCAAAGAACGACUGUCAGAAAUUCUCGCCGAAAGAGAUUUAACUUUUCUAUUUCCACUCUCGACGAUUCAAAGUAGUUUGUGGAAACAAAUAUUGGCCGAUCCAAAUCCGACUCAGUUUUAUAAAUGGAUAAAAGACAAUUUAGAUCCGUCACAUUACUCGAAUCCAGGUUUUAUAAACGCCUUGGUCACCGUUGUUUUAAAAUACAUAACACAGGAAUCAACUUUAUCUGAAGGAUCUGAUCCGAAUUCACCGGAUAAGCAAUUGACAGAAAAAGAGAAAUCACUGCUGGAAAAGUACAAACCGGUACUUCAGUCGUUUCUAAACGAGAGUCAGGAACUCCAAGUCAUUGCUGUGUAUUCAUUGCAAGUGUUUUGUUAUUCUCUGAAAUUUCCCAAAGGUAUGCUUUUAAGGUGGUUUGCAUAUUUGUACGAUUUAGAAAUAAUCGAAGAAGAGGCUUUUAUGAAAUGGAAAGAAGAUUUGACCGAUGCAUACCCGGGAAAAGGAAAAGCCCUUUUUCAGGUGAAUCAAUGGUUGAUAUGGCUCGCCGAAGCAGAAUCGGAAGAAGAAGAAAAAGAAGAAGAUGAAAGUGAUAAUUAA